UCAAAAAAAGCAUCAGCAGAAACCAUCGAUUCCGGAAUAGCUGAAGUAAAGGCUCAGGUCUUGACUAACUGUAUGAUGCAACAGAAUGGGCUCUCUUGCUUCACUGAUGGAAAUUACCUUUCGCCCCAGCCUCAAUCGGAUGAGCCUGGCUCGAUAGCCAACCUCGUACUAACCGAAAAGUUAAUUUCAAAUGCCAUUCUCGAGCCGCGCAUUGUCAAAAGUAACCAUAUUGGAAGCUAUUUGAAAAGCCUGCAAAAAAGUGAGUAUUGCAAUCCUGUUGUCAGCAAAACUCGAGAUCUUGGAGUUCCGGGAGGUCCCUUCAAGUUACAUGACAAUCAGAGUGUAUUAAGAAUGUGCCCACAAAUAGUUUCUUCCUCCACCUCCAGUUUAACAAUGGAAGCCAAUUGUACCAUGGCCAGAAAGUCGCUUCUGUCUGACAAGGGAUUUGCAAAGACUAAAUCUACUGGAAGUGCGGGUGUUGGUUAUAAUAAUAUCAGGUCAUGUGCUUCCAGAAUAGCGACACAGCAAGACUUGAGCCGACAGCAUCCAAUUUUUACAUUUCAUCAUCAGCAAGGCACUCCAGUACGUCCACAACACAGUCUCGAGCGAUCACAAAAUGAUCAGACGCCCUCUGACUCAAAUAAUCCCAUUUUGCGUAGUCAAACUUACAAUUUCGAGGCAGUGCCCCAAAAUUUAUCCGAUACCAGUGUAAUUAGACGUGAGCUUUCGAAGUUUGGUUCAAACCAUUGUAAGCUUCUCCAAAAUGAGAAUAUAGAUAUCAAAAAUGGUGGAAGCAAACAUGCGAGAACAGCGAUACGAGAGACAAACAUAAGUCGCUAUGUCGACAGGCCAGUAAUUCCGACGGAAAACUUUACUCCCUAUAUUAGUCGGUUGACUUCGGCUGUCUUAGGAGGAAGGAAUUAUUCUUCUGCUUAUGCGAUCAAGUCUACUGGGAGGAAGUUAGCAUAA